UAUGAUAUAACCAGACCCUCUUUUUCAUCUCUUCCCUAAAGAUUUACAUAAUCUCCUCCUCCUUCUAUCCAUUCCGUCACAUCCCCCGCUCCUUCCCACCUCUAAACCCCGAAACAAAAACAAAAAUGUCUGAGGUUACCUUAAUUCCCUCUCCAUCCUCCCAGGCACUACAUACACCCUCAAACCCCUCAAACCCCACCCCCACCCAUCUAAUCCUCCUAACCUGUCACUCAAUAUACGUCUCCGGGGACCCCACCUACCCAACCUCCUGGCUCCUCGCUCCCUUUCAAAAAGCAGGAAACGAACACCUUACAUUCCUCAACCACAUUACCCUCGCCUCCUCCCUCCUAUCAUCCGAUCCUAAUGCUCUCCUCGUAAUAUCUGGUGGUUCUACCAGGAAAGAAGUAUGUAAGAGUGAAGCGAGGGGGUAUUUUGAGGUGGGGAAAGAAAGGGGGCUAUGGAGUGAGGAGGGAUUUGAAGGAAGAAUCAUUUUGGAGGAGAAAGCUCUAGAUAGUUAUGGGAAUUUGUUGAGGGGGUUGAUUGCUUUUGGAGGGGGCUGGGAGAUGGCCUGGGAAGGUGACGGUGGUUAGUCAUGGGUUUAAGGGGAGAGGUUUUGGGGCUGCAUUGUAAGGCUUUGAGGAUUGGUUAUCGAGGGAAUGGGGAUGAGGGAUGAGGGGGAUGGAGAAAAGGAAGAGAAGGAAGUUGGAAGGAGGGGGGUGGAUGGAAUGGAUGGAAAUGGAAUGGAGGGAAGGAGUGGAAAGGGAAAGGGAAGAAAGAGGGAAGGAUGGAAGAAAAGAGUGGAAGAUGGUUGGAGGGAAGAGAGGGAAUGGUAGGGAAGAGGUUAUUUUGAGGGUAGAUAUGCCUUGGGAGAGUGAGAGGUAGAUGGGAUUGGAAAACUGGAUUGGAAAGACUUUGAAGGGUUAGGAAGUUUUUAGUUUUAGAUUGAAUAAUGGGUUUAUUUUUCGAGGUGAAGAGGUUAUGAAAUUCCUUAAGGCGUACUGGUGAGGGGUACGGAGGGUGAUAAAUAUACGGGAGAAGAAUGUAAGAGAGGACCAGAAGGAGCUUAGGGAAAAACAGAAGAAUAAAGAUGGCAUCUAAAACCCCCAGAUAUGCAAUUUUCAGCACAUCACAUUUUCCAACAAAAUAUAAG